CUCUUCCAAGCUCAUCUUCAGAGAAACCCAAAGCUUUUAAUUUUCUUCUUCUCUGAAAGUUAUCCGCCAUGUCCGUACUUCUCAAAGCGUACCCUCUCAUAUCGGUUAGCGUCAAACCUCGAUUCACUCUCUUAUUCCACACCAUUAUUCUCAGAUCCUUAAUUCCCAAAACAUUUUGUGGAAACAGAAGAACCUUUUGCUCUGUUUCCGCUUUCUCAACUCCUCCUAACGAUGCUCUUACCGAGACUCCAAAAUCUCCUUUGAUUCCAGUCAAGGAAACCCUCGAUUGGGUUAGUCGGACCGGACUUUGUGGUGAGCUUUCGGUGGACGACGUAGGCAAACGGGUCCGGUUAUGCGGGUGGGUCUCGCUUCGUCGUUUUCAUGCCAAGCAGACUUUCUUAAUCCUUAGAGACCAUACUGGUGUUGUACAGGUCACAACACCUAAGGAUGAUUUUCCUGAUGUGCAUUCUAUUAUUAAGGACUUGAGAAUUGAGUAUGUAAUUGCAGUAGAAGGUAUUGUUAGGCAUCGGCCAAGCGCUUCAAUCAACGAGAAAAUGAAAACUGGCUAUAUAGAAGUUGCAGCAGAGCAUGUUCAAUUACUAAACGAUGUAAAAUUGAAGCUGCCCUUUUCGAUUCAUACUACUGGGGAUGAGGCAAAAGAUUCUGUGAAGGAGGAAAUUCGGUUAAGAUAUCGGUGCCUUGAUCUGCGUCGCCAACAAAUGAAUUCCAACAUUUUACUGCGCCACAAUGUCAUGAAACUUAUUCGAAGAUACCUUGAAGAUGUGCAUGGCUUUGUGGAGAUUGAGACUCCAAUACUCUCUAGAUCUACUCCAGAAGGUGCACGAGAUUAUUUGGUUCCCUCAAGGGUUCAGCCAGGGACAUUUUAUGCUUUGCCUCAAAGCCCUCAACUAUUCAAGCAAAUGCUAAUGGUUUCUGGUUUUGAUAAAUACUAUCAAGUAGCCAAAUGCUUUCGCGAUGAAGAUCUGAGAGCAGAUAGACAACCCGAAUUCACACAACUUGAUAUGGAACUUGCUUUCACUCCUUUGGAAGAAAUGCUGAGGCUUAAUGAAGAUUUGAUAAGAAAGGUUUUUUUAGAGAUUAAAGGUGUUCAUCUACCGAAUCCCUUCCCUAGGCUUACAUAUGCUGAGGCCAUGACUAGAUAUGGUUCAGACAGGCCUGAUCUUAGAUUUGAUCUUGAACUGAAGGAUGUAUCUGAUAUAUUUUCAGAUACCCCAUUCAGACCUUUUUCACAUGCCUUGAAUAAAGGGGGGAUUAUCAAAGUUCUUUGUAUUCCCUCGGCUGCUAAAAAAUAUUCAAAUAAUGUUCUCCGGAAAGGUUAUAUUUACAAUGAAGCAAUUGCAUCUGGUGCCGAGAACUUUACUUUCUUGAAGGUGAAGGAUGAUGGAUCCAUGGAGGGAAAUCCUGCAUUAUUAUCUUGUAUGGAUCCAACAUGUAUAAAUCACUUCAUGAUGCGUUUGUCUACCAAACCACAUGAUCUUAUCCUAUUUGCAAUCGGUCAGCAGGCUUCUGUAAACAGAACUCUUGAUCGACUUAGGUUGUUCGUAGCACAUGACCUUGAUUUGAUUGACAGUUCCAAGCAUUCGAUUCUAUGGGUGACUGAUUUUCCAAUGUUUGAGUGGAAUGACUCGGAGCAAAGGCUUGAGGCUUUGCAUCAUCCCUUCACAGCCCCAAACCCCGAAGACAUGGAAGAUCUUUCAUCUGCUCGUGCUUUAGCUUAUGACAUGGUUUACAAUGGAGUAGAGAUUGGUGGAGGAAGUUUAAGAAUUUACAAACGGGAGGUUCAGCAAAAAGUUUUGGAAAUUAUUGGCAUAUCUGCUGAAGAGGCUGAAGCUAAAUUUGGCUAUCUUCUUGAAGCAUUGGACAUGGGUGCUCCUCCUCAUGGGGGCAUAGCUUAUGGAUUGGAUAGACUAGUGAUGUUGUUGGCUGGUGCUAAUUCCAUCAGGGAUGUUAUAGCCUUCCCAAAGACGACAACUGCUCAAUGUGCUCUCACUCGUGCACCUUCGGAGGUGGAUCCCCAGCAGCUUAGGGAUCUUUUGUUGGUUCCACAUUCUACGACAGAGGUGGAUCCAUUGGAUCCACCUUCUGUGGAGGUCGAUCCAUUGUCGGAGUAGGAGGUGGGUUCUUAGAGCUUAGAGGUCUUCUUCUUGAGCUGGUUUAUUUAUCUUGGUUCUUAGUUGAGUUUGACCACAUUGGAAUUUGAUGUUCCAUUUCAAGAUGAUUAUACCACAAUUCUUAUGCGGCUUGGAGUCUAGCAGCAGUGAAAUUUGAGUUAUUAUUUUGAUAUUAUACUCUAAACUUUUCAUUCACAAGAAAAUUUAACACUUUGUGUUUA